GGGUCAAGUUCCUACUUGUACAGUACUAGUUACAGAACCCAUUUUGCACAGCGUAUCCCAAACCGUACAAAAACUCAACGCGAAAUAGCAGUUCCAUCGCCAUUUCCCACCUCAAAUAUCACUUUUCCAAAAUUAUCACAAAUCACUCACACACGAACAACGACGACGGGCGAAGAAACCAAAGCACUUUUCUCGUUAACGAACGAAAUCGAUUUCGUAACCGCAACGAUUCAACUCUUCUCUCUCGCUCGCCAUUUUGAAAACCACAGAAAAUCGAUCGGAGAUGGGGAGUUUGGGAGCGAUUGUGAAGCAUCCAGAUGAUUUGUACCCGCUGCUGAAGCUCAAAAUGGCGGCGAGGCACGCCGAGAAGCAGAUCCCUUCGGAGCCGCAUUGGGGCUUCUGCUACUCCAUGCUCCACAAGGUUUCUAGAAGCUUCGCCCUCGUCAUUCAGCAACUCGACACUGAUCUUCGCAACGCCGUUUGCAUAUUCUACUUGGUUCUUCGAGCUCUGGAUACCGUUGAGGAUGAUACGAGCAUAGCUACAGAAGUAAAGGUCCCCAUACUGAAAGCUUUUCACCGUCACAUCUAUGAUCGUGAUUGGCACUUCUCAUGUGGCACAAAGGAGUACAAAGUUCUCAUGGACCAGUUUCAUCUUGUUUCAACUGCUUUUCUGGAACUUGCAAAGAACUAUCAGGAAGCAAUUGAAGACAUUACUGACAGAAUGGGUGCUGGAAUGGCCAAAUUUAUUUGCAAGGAGGUAGAAACAAUUGAUGACUACGACGAAUAUUGUCACUAUGUGGCAGGACUUGUUGGGCUGGGUUUAUCAAAGCUUUUCCAUGCCUCUGGUAAAGAAAAUCUGGCAGCGGAUUCCCUUUCCAAUUCAAUGGGUUUGUUUCUUCAGAAAACAAACAUUAUUCGAGAUUAUCUGGAAGACAUAAACGAGAUCCCCAAAUCACGCAUGUUUUGGCCACGGCAGAUCUGGAGUAAAUAUGUUAACAAACUUGAGGACUUGAAAUAUGAGGAGAACUCUGUUAAGGCAGUGCAAUGUCUAAACGACAUGGUCACUAAUGCUCUGAUGCAUGCUGAAGAUUGCUUAAAGUACAUGUCUGAUUUACGAGACGAUUCUAUAUUUCGCUUUUGUGCUAUUCCCCAGAUAAUGGCAAUUGGAACACUUGCAAUAUGCUACAACAACGUUGAGGUCUUCAGAGGUGUAGUGAAAAUGAGGCGAGGUCUAACUGCCAAAGUGAUUGAUCGGACAAAGACCAUUGCUGAUGUCUAUGGUGCUUUCUUUGAUUUUGCUUCUAUGUUGGAGUCCAAGGUUGACAAAAAUGAUCCCAAUGCAACAAAAACAUUGAGCAGGCUGGUAGCUAUACAGAAAACUUGCAGAGAAUCUGGACUCCUAAAUAAAAGCAGGAAAUCUUACAUUCUGAGGAAAGAGAACGGAUAUGGCUCAACACUGAUUAUCAUACUGGUCCUCUUGUUUUCCAUCAUGUUUGCUUAUAACUCUGCUACCCGCCAUAGUAACUAGUGUAAGUUCCAUUGUUAAAUUUAUUGCACCGUUUAUCAUUUGUAAGAAGCCAAAAAAAUCACGUUACCCUUUCAGAGAAAAUUGCUAUGUUUCUUGCUUUUUCAAAAGUGGAUGUCACUGAAACAUUGAUAGCAUGCCUCCUUCCGUGGAAUGUGGUUUUACAUGCUGGCCUGCAAUAUUUUGAAGGAUGCAGUUGACUAUCAUUCAUGUAUUCUAUUUGUAAAAUAAUGGUUGAAUAUAUAGUAUAGUACCUUUAGCUUCAUGUGUAUUCAAAUUUACCAGUGUUCAUCCAGGAAAUUAUCAUUGAGUGUCGUUUGAUAUAUACACUGAUGAAGUUGUAAUUCCAAAAUGAUUCCAUUGUAAUGCCAGAACGCUGGAGCUACAAACAUGGUCACAAAAUUCAAGCUUUACGCAUGCUUUUUUGUUGUUGUCAAA